AUGCCUCAAAAAGAAAUCAUUACCCACCCGCAGAUCGCUCAGGGAAGCAAUCCUCUUUCCCAGGCGACUCGCUUCGGAAACCUGGUCUACGUGCAAGGGUGCACUGGCCGCCAUCCCACAACGGGGGUAAAUGGCUCGGAUAUACGUGAGCAGACCCGGUUUGCGCUGGAAAGAAUCAAGAUGAUCCUUGAAGAGGCAGGCUCUUCACUGGAUAACGUGCUCUCCAACACUUGCUACGUGACCACCAGAGACGAUCUGCCCGGGUUUAACGAGACCUACGCCGAGUUCUUCCCCAAAGAUUACCCCGCCCGGACCACUAUCAUCGUACAGUUUGGGCAACCCGACAAUCUGGUGGAAAUUACCACCACCGCAUGUAUACCCAGCUAGAGUCUAAACUCUAUGGCGAAUACGUUAUGACUCUUCGUUGCUGCCAAUCUCAAUUCAGUUUCUUGUAGACGAUAUGGGAACGAUUGGAGGUAUGGGGACGAAUCAUCGGCGCCCAGUCGCCGGUAUCUGAGGCAG